GCGGCAAAUCUUUUAGUGUGGUAUACAGUCCACGAGAAAUAACAAACAUUUGUUAACAGGAAUUGUCUGCACGACGCAUUGCUUUCACUAUUGACUGCAGGUUUUUCUUUCGAGGUUAGGAACUCCUUUUUUUCGUGCAACUUUUGGUAACGGUGAAUGUUUACAUGCAACAACUAUGUCAAGGGUUUUAACUGGAGCUAAAAGCUAGCGAGUGGCACAAAAAUACCGAGUUUAGGGUUCCUAAGGCAUAAAGCUACUGCCUACCGGUUUAUCCACCCUGGCGCCUACUACGGACCUUCAAGUCCCCCAAAUAAAGAAAAUAAGCCCCGAUUAAUGUCAGAUCGCUGGUAUUCCGGUGUCCCAAUGAACUCCAGGGAAAGCUUUCCACAAGGAGGAAUACACCAAAUAUUACAGCAAUGAAAGGUGCACCUGGAAAAACAAGGAAAAAGGAACCUAAAAAGAAGUCGCCAGAGAAAGACCCCUCAGAUGCGGUUUUGUCUCCCAGCACAGAUGAUUCAAGUGCUGUGCCAGGCAGCGGCAACUGCAGCGACUGCGGCCUUGUCUUUUCAAUAGAGGCUAGUACUCCAAAAAAUGAAAGGGAGAAAAUGAGGUUUGCACAAGAAGCCUGCUUGACCUCCACACCAGUCUACAGCACCACCUAUGAUGUCCCGUCAACCAUUUCAGGCUCCCCUCCUGAAGGGGAGCUACAAUACACUGAGUUCAUCACUCAGAUAAAGACAACAGCGGUAGAUUCACAGUCAAAACCUCAACGUAAGCGUAAGAGACCGGUUAAACAAAGACAGACAAAGACGCAAACACAGACCGAUGGUAAAACCGAUGAUCCUCCAGUCAAGUGCCGGCGUGGUAGGAAGCCAAAAAGAGAGACUGGGAAUUUAAAUAAAGAGAAAUCAUCCUCCCGCUCCAGGCCAAGAUUUGAACUCCAGAAAGCUGAAGCAGAAAGUCAAGAUGACUCCAUGAUGUCUUCGGAUCUUUCAAUAGAACUGAGUCAUCAUGAAGAACAGCUGUCUACUUUGUCCUACCAGAAGGAUGACAUAAGUGAUGAGGAGGACGAGGAAGAGCUCCCAAGUUUCCUGAUGCGGACAGACGAAAAGCCCCCAUCAAUUACCGAAGGAGCAUUUGUGUGGCACAAAUAUAGAAACUAUCCAUAUUGGCCUGCAUUGGUAAAAAGUGUGAACAGAAAGCACAAAAAAGCCAGUAUCAUCUUCAUUGAUGACUCAAUCAUUGAGAAAAAGAAAGGGUUUGCUGUGGCUCUAAAAUGCUUGAAACCUUUUGACUGUGAAGAAUCUAAUGAACUCAUGUGUAAAGCCAAAGAAAGCUAUGAUGCUGCAAUAUCAUGGUCCUUGGAUCUCAUAACCGACUACAGAUUUCGGAUUGCAUGUGGCUCAUUUUCUGGCUCCUUCAUACAGUACUUUGAUCACGAUAUGAGUUAUCCUGUGAGGAGGAGGUAUCCAAAGGCAGCUUCAGAGAGACUAACCAUCAUCAGUGAUUCAACAAUGGAGGAGCCAUGUGAUGUUAAGGAGGACAGCUUUAGUGAACAGCAGAAGGACAUAAGGUGUUCAAAGAGGUUGCUGCCAGAUCGGACCCAUGCUGCCCACAACCGCGCAAAUGAGAAGCUCGUACAUUUCAUUGUCAAGCAACACAUGGUCGACGCACACCUCCUGGCUGUGAUCCAUGGACAGGAGAAGUCCAGGUGGCUUCGCUCCUUCUUAAGUGACAAUCGUAGACGAGUGGUGAACAUAUACCUUGAAGAUGACCAUCAGCUUGACCAAGUCUACUGCUACCUAAAUGAGCUCUAUACAGCAGCUGUGGCUGUAGCCCCCUGCGUAGCUGAUGUGAAAUCCAUGGAUCGUGUCCCUUUUGUCCUGGAUGUGCUUCUUCCUGAGGCCAUUAUUUAUGCCAUUGCUGGAGUGGACAACAUUUCAGUAAAAACAGCAGAAGAAAAAUACCUCAGAGGGCGGCGUAUAAGUAACAGAGAAAGGCAGCAGUUUGAUUUAAAGAUUGAGCAGCAAAUGAGGAAGAAAUCGCAUCCAAACACUUCCAUUAUUCUCUGACUGUCGGUCUGAGUGUCAAGAUUUGUGACAUUUUGAGUGUUUUAACUUUUGUUUAUAAGUAAUGCAGCCAUAACCGGUGUGCCUUGCAAUCAAUCACUGCACUGUUUUUUUUUUGGUUUUUUUUUUUGUAUACUUGUAAAAAGUGAAUAUCAAGCAUAUAAUAAAACCUAAAAACAGGCCAUGAAAUGUAAUCAUGAAAGGCAGUUUCAUCACCUAACUUUAUUCCGUAAGUGGAAAUGUACACAUGGCCAAAUCGCUUCUCAAGCAGCUCAAGUAUUAAUGAUCUGUCUGCAUGUGCUUUUGUCAGAGUUUUACAUAAAAUAAAAAGUGUUAUAAAACUUUUUGUUGAACUGUGAAGGUUCUCAUAAACACUAAAGGGACAGUCACACAGAGACCAUAGAAAGGCAAAAAACCCUCUGCAAUGGUGAAGAAAGUGGUAAUAGACAUUCCCCCACAUCAAGGUGAGCAAAUGAAGCAACCAACAAUCCACCAAUGAGAGAAAAGGAUACCCCUGAUUUAGUGAUGGGAUUUCCGGCUCUUUUUAGAGAUCCGGCUCUUUCGGUUCGGCUCACUAAAAAGAGCAUGAACUGAACUUCCAAAGCAGAGCUACUAGAUC